UCAUAGCUCUCUUUUAUAAAUGGAACCGUUAGGACAAAUUUUGCGGUAGAGAAUGAAACAAAAACAUUUGGAAUUACACAGAACAUUUACAGAAGGCUGUACCAGGCUUUUGAUCCUAAUUCCUUACUUGAUAUAAGGUUUUCCAGGGCUCAUUGAAAAAUGGCCACGUCAGAGAGUGCCAGUUUGAGUAAAACUGUGAAGCAGCAUUAUAUGGACCUUUCUCAGGGAGACAAGGUCCAGGCCAUGUACAUCUGGAUAGAUGGGACUGGAGAGGGGCUCCGCUGCAAGACCAGAACUCUGGAUUCUGAACCCAAGAACAUUGAUGAUCUCCCAGAGUGGAACUUUGAUGGUUCCAGUACGUACCAGUCGGAGGGCUCCAACAGCGAUAUGUACCUUAUCCCUGCUGCCAUGUUCAGGGACCCCUUCAGGAAAGACCCCAACAAACUGGUCCUGUGUGAAGUGCUCAAAUACAACCGCAAGCCUACAGAAACUAACCUCAGGCUGAUGUGUAAGAAGAUCAUGGAGAUGGUAGAGAACCAGGUGCCGUGGUUUGGCAUGGAACAGGAGUACACCAUCCUGGGAACAGACGGACAUCCGUUUGGCUGGCCUUCCAAUGGCUUCCCUGGUCCACAAGGCCCCUACUACUGUGGUGUGGGAGCAGACAAGGCGUAUGGUAGAGACAUCGUAGAAGCCCACUAUAGAGCUUGUCUUUAUGCUGGGGUUAAGAUAUGUGGCACCAACGCUGAAGUCAUGCCAGCUCAGUGGGAGUUCCAGGUUGGGCCAUGUGAAGGUAUCAACAUGGGUGACCACCUCUGGGCUGCUCGGUUCAUCCUCCACCGGGUGUGUGAAGACUUUGGCGUGGUGGCCUCAUUCGACCCCAAGCCCAUCCCUGGGAAUUGGAAUGGCGCUGGCUGCCAUACAAACUUCAGCACCAAGGAGAUGAGAGAAGAUGGCGGAUUGAGGGGCAUCGAAGAUUCGAUUGAGAAGUUGGGAAGAAGACACCGCUACCACAUCCGUGCCUACGACCCCAAAGGGGGGCUGGACAACGCCCGGCGCUUGACCGGUCACCACGAAACGUCCAACAUCCACGAGUUCUCUGCCGGCGUGGCAAACCGCGGCGCCAGCAUCCGCAUACCCCGCUCGGUGGGUCAGGACAAGAAGGGCUACUUCGAGGACCGCCGUCCAUCUGCUAACUGCGACCCAUAUGCAGUCACGGAAGCGCUGAUACGCACAUGUUUGCUCAGUGAAGAGGGGGAGGAGCCUAAAGAAUACAGCAAAUGAACUAGAUACUCUUUUGGUCUGAAAUAAUCCCCCUCCUGUCCUAUUGCGCUACAUCUCAAGUGUCAUUCCAAGUACUGUUUUGUCUGUGGCUUUGUAAACCCCUUGCAUAUUGCAAGUCUUGACCAUCCAUGUAUGGCUUGCUUUUUAACCCUUUUCAUGGGAGAAUCUUCGGUAUAUUCUGCAGUCUGUGUUCAGGGUAGAGUAGAUCCCUACCUUUUGAUCACUGCCAACAUUGCCCUUUUUAAUUGAUGCUAUGGACUUAACAAUUCCAGACAGAUGUCUGUUGGAGGGAUACAUGUUUUCUAUAUAUAGGUCUACUUCUAGUUGUGUAUCAAUUUGCUACUCAUAAUAUUGUUUAACAUGAUUUACUAACCAAGAUGCUGUAGAUUUUUGAUUGGGG